UCCCCCUUUUCUCAUGGGAAAGCAGCAGGGCGGGCAGUUUUAAGGCUCCCCUUGAGAAGCCUGCUAUAGCUCUCAAGGUCUCACCUGGUGCUCACAUGGCCUAGGAGAGUUAAAAAACGUGACUUUCCCGGGCUUUGAGAGAACACCUGGUGCUCACAUGGCCUGGGAAAGGUUUACACAUGAUUUUCCCGGGCUUUUAGGGAUACUGGGGGAUUGUUCCAGUUCUAUCCAGCCAGGUCCAGUACUAGUUAGGGCUAUAAAAGAAGGGGUUCCGUUCCGUUGAUUCAGUCGCCUCAGAGGACAGGAUCUGUGGUGUCCUAGGAGUUAUCUCCAUUGGACAAACAGGGUCCUCUGAGGCCAGAAGAUGAGUCUGCUGAGGCGGCUGAUUGAACGGGCGGGCGAAGGAGGAUUGUCUUGACCUACCUCAAGCUCCGUUAUAGAGGUUCCGGUGGGAGCUACAUCGGCUGCUGUGGGACCUGGUGUUCCAGUGGCUGAAGGCGGAUCGUUGGCGGGUGGAUUCCCCAUCGGUGAGCCCAUGUUGUGCCCGGAAGAAGAUGAAGCCGUUCCGGUUCCAAGUCGCAGGAGAAGCAGCAGCGUCACCUCUGCAGGAAGGAGUGUGGCUCAGAAGAGAAGACGCGCCCCCCCCGAGAAGACACUCCCCUUCUCCACCAAGAUCGACGGCAUCCAGGAGAGCUGAGUGGUCCUCCCAGGGUCACGGCAGCACAACGAGAGGAGCGGCUGGAGGCGUGGCUAGUGCGUCUUCUAGAUCCGAGGUGGGAGGAAUCUCGGCCGAGGGUUCGGCUGGAGGUGUGGCCGGCAGAGGAAGCGGAUCAAGAGGCGGCGCUUCAGCGCUGAGUUCCCGCAGGAGAGUUCAUCGCCAUGGCAACGCUUGAUGCCCAUAGGAGAUCCGCUGCUGAAUCAUGAGACGGAUCGGCUCCAGUGGUGCAGACAAGCCAGCAGGCUCAGCAACAAAGGAAUGGUACUACCUGGUCAUGGGAUCUGUAGAGCCCUUGGGCCUUCUCUUCCGCUUGUACAUCUACUCCAUCCAUGGGUACGUGUGUGAAGUGCUCUUCACAGCUUUCUUGGACUUUACUGCCAACAGAGACUGGAGGUUUCGGGGUGUCUCCAGUGUUUGGGCGCUGUUCAUCUAUGGAGUAGCCAUGUUGGGUAUAGAGUACAUGUACUUGUAUCUGAGGUUUCAUUGCAGCUUCCUUCUCCGCGCCGUUCUCUACACUUUUUGGGUGUACUUUUGUGAGUUCAGUUCUGGAUGGAUACUGAGAUGUAUGAGAGCCUGCCCUUGGGACUAUAGUCACUACCGAUACAACUUUAAGGGCCUGGUGACCUUAGAGUAUGCUCCCUUCUGGCUAUUAGGAGUUGUCGUUUUAGAGAAAUAUCUGAUUUGGUACACACUUCACUUGCGUCUGGAUGGAAGCUGAAAAGGAAACAAAGGCAGAAUCCCUGAAGGCUUUUAAUGAGUGGAUAAAGACCUCACUUGUGAAAAGGAAUUGUUGAUUUGUGCAAUACUUUGAAUUUUUUGUUUACAAUGGAUUCAUGUGGACUACAAUAACAGUACAUCUAUUAAAAAAAGACAAUACGUUGCAUUUUUCCUAAUUUGUUGGAACGUCACUAAACUAUCCAGAGACUAGUUCAUAUCUGAAUAUCAUAACAUUAAAUCGGAGCUCCUGUAUGGGCAAA